AUGCCGGUGCCCGCCUGCCUGAGCCUGGUGCCGGAGCCGGGCCGUGCCAUGGAGGAGCCGGCUGACGGCGGCGGGGCCGAGCCCUGGGCCGAGGGCUCGGUGGCGGCGCUGGCAGAGUGCAUGAGGAGCAAGGCCCAGGCUCGGUUCCUGCGCGAGUGCCAGGAGCGGCUGCGCCACGCGCUGCCCCUCGGUGCCUACCUGCUCAAACCCGUCCAGAGGAUCCUCAAGUACCACCUCCUGCUCCAGACCCACUCCGUGCCCCACGGCUCGGUGGCGGCGCUGGCAGAGUGCAUGAGGAGCAAGGCCCAGGCUCGGUUCCUGCGCGAGUGCCAGGAGCGGCUGCGCCACGCGCUGCCCCUCGGUGCCUACCUGCUCAAACCCGUCCAGAGGAUCCUCAAGUACCACCUCCUGCUCCAGGAGAUCGCCAAGCACUUUGAGCACAAGUCGGGGGAGGACUACGAGGUGGUGCUGGAGGCCAUCGACACCAUGACCUGCGUGGCCUGGUACAUCAACGACAUGAAGCGCAAGCACGAGCACGCCAUCCGCCAGCAGGAGAUCCAGUCGCUGCUGCUGGGGUGGAAGGGCCCAGACCUGACCAGCUACGGGGAGCUGGUGCUGGAGGGCACCUUCCGGGUGCAGCGGGUGCGCCACGAGCGCGCCGUCUUCCUCUUCGACAAGACCCUCCUCAUCACCAAGCGCCGCGGCGACCACUACGUCUACAAGAGCCACAUCCCGUGCUCCUCCCUCAUGCUGAUCGAGAGCACGCGGGACUCGCUCUGCUUCAGCCUGGCCCACUACAAGCACGGCAAGCAGCAGCACAACCUGCAGGCCAAGAGCGUGGAGGAGAAGCGCGUGUGGACCCACCACAUCAAGCGGCUGAUCCUGGAGAACCACCACGCCAUCAUCCCCCAAAAGGCCAAGGAAGCCAUCCUGGAGAUGGACUUGUUCUACCCCCCUCGCCUGCCCCACUGCAGCCCUGAGCGCCUGAAGAAGAGCUGGUCCUGCCAACCCUUGGGUGACAACGCCGCCGAGCCGCGCCAGUGCCGCCGGCAGUCCGAGCCCUUCCAGCCCCGGGACCGUGCCGAGACGCUGCCGGACCGGCUGCACGGGCACACGGGGCGCAGGCAGUCGGGCUGGGGGGCACCCACCACCGACGCCAGAGGGACCCAAGCGGCCGAGCAGCUGGGGGCCAGGGAGCUGCGAGAAGGUCAGCUGCCGGCCCCCCCCGAGCCCCCCAGCUACGUGCAGAUCCGUUCGCCCACCACCCGGGAGAAGAUCUGCUUGAAGGCGGUGGUGGAGCGGUGCAAGGCCUACCAGGCCUCCGAGGAGUACCGCAGGAGGUGCCCCGAGCCCCCCGACACCCCCGAGGCCCCUGAACCCCCCCGCCACGGCCUCGUCAGGGACCUGCGGCAGAAAUUUCAGACCCUCGACGCCGCCAGCUAG